AUGGCCGAUAGCGAGGACUCCUUGCUAGUGAAGAACUGCAUCUUCCGAUGCAUGCUCAAGCUAACUCCAAAUGAACUCACCGGCGGCUUCUGUAAUCUGGGUCCAGAGGUUCCACCCCUGGAGGAGUUCGUCAAGGCAAAGGCCCUGUUGCAGUCAAUGCAUUCUGGUGGUCGAGCUCAUCAUGAUAGCAUAGAGACGGAUGGCAAGCAGAGUAGUCUGUACGAGCAUCUGGAGGAGUCUAUGGAGGCCAAGGCGCUGACAGUCCAGCCCUGCACCGACGAGGUGACCAACGCUAUGGCAGAGAGAACACUCUUGAAGCACCCCGAACAUGUGUGGGAUCAAUCUCCAGUCGUAGGCGGGCCACCACUACGACCGUUUGGAGGCAACUUCGAGGAUGAUGAGGAGGCAGCAGCGUUGCCAAACCUCUCCAACCAUGCCCUCCUUAUCGAACAAGCAGGAAUCGGUAAAGAAUUCCUAUCACCUAGUUUUAUCCUGCUUAUCAAUAAUCUCACAGUGAAGGCCAAUGACUUAUGUUUGGUAUAUUUUGAUAUUUCUACUGACAUCCUAACAGUAGGCAUUAUUUUAGUAAUGAAUGCUGACUCCCGCCUUUGGGCGGUCGCAAGUUGUGGUUUACAGAGCUAUCGGCAAGAUGCUUACAGAGUCGGACGGGAGGAGCUCAUGCGCGUGUGGUUGGCACUCAGAUUACUGCACAAAAAGCUGCCCAGUGUUACCGCACUCCGCUUUUGGGGGAAAAUUUUUGCCAUCAAAGCAAACUAUUAUAUCGCUGAGGCGGAAUUCGAACCUGAGUCUGAACCCGACGAUGGAGUCCCUGGACCCUGGGAUAAAUGGCGUCUACCGAAGCCCCCUAAGAACAAGGGUGAUCAGGAUCCAACAGACUUUCAAGGUAAGGAUAGAAAAAGAAUGCUAGCAAAUAACUCUCCCUUUUGA